ACGAUGGGAUCUUAUCUGAUAAAAACCUUCAUUAUAUCCAUGUGCUAUCACGUUCUGCUUGCCUCCGCCUGGUCAGCGAACAACUUCCUCAUGACGGGACCAAAGGCUUUUCUGACGUAUGCCAGCAGCGUGCAAAUGGGUGCACAGAGUGGAAUACAGGAGUGCAAACAUCAGUUUGGAUGGGACAGGUGGAAUUGCCCAGAGAGCGCCUUGCAGUUGUCAACGCAUACCGGCCUUCGCAGUGCAACGAGGGAGACGUCUUAUGUCCACGCCAUCAGCGCAGCAGGAGUCAUGUACACAUUGACGAAGAACUGCAGCAUGGGGGACUUUGACAACUGUGGUUGUGACGAUUCCAAAAUAGGGCAAAUGGGUGGGAGGGGAUGGAUUUGGGGAGGUUGCAGUGACAACGUUAUGUUUGGAGAGAAGAUUUCCAAACAGUUUGUUGACGCACUGGAAAAUGGCCACGAUUCACGAGCAGCUGUCAACCUGCAUAACAACGAAGCUGGAAGAUUGGCCAUCAAAGCCACCAUGAGGAGAGCCUGUAAGUGCCAUGGCGUGUCGGGGAGCUGCAGUAUCCAGACCUGCUGGAUGCAGCUGCCCGACUUCAGGAGCGUCGGCAGCUACCUGAAGGAGAAGCACGAGCAGGCCAAAAAACUACAGAUGGACAAGAGGCGCAUGAGAGCUGGUAACAGCGCGGACAACCGGGGCGCCCUCAACGACGCCUUCAGCGGCAUCCGCCGCACAGAACUGAUUUAUCUGGAGGACUCUCCGAACUACUGCUCCAAGAACCUGAGCCUGGGCCUGCAGGGCACCGAGGGCCGCGAGUGCGUCAAGGGAGACAAGAACAUGACGCGGUGGGAACGACGGAGCUGCCGCCGACUGUGCAACGAGUGCGGCCUGCGAGUGGUGGAGAAGCGCGUCGAGAUGGUCAGCAGCUGCAACUGUAAAUUCCACUGGUGCUGCACUGUAAAGUGCGAGAGAUGCACACAGACUGUCACCAAAUAUUACUGCGCGCGUAGAGAAAGAGGACGCAAGCCCCACAAUAAAACCAAACGGAGACACCACGGGCGCAGGCAUUAG